AAUUGUUAUAUUGUUAUUAUUAUGUUUAUAAUAACAAUAAAACUGACAGCUGUCAUAACAAAUAACAACAAUAAUAAUAAUAAAUAAAUAAAUAAAAACCGGCUGGCUGAGUGUUCAUCAACAACGUUGGCUUGUCUAAUUUUAUCAACAAACUGUCUAAUUUUUAUUAACACAUAGUUUAAUUUAGUAUUUGUUUAUUAAAACAAAUAAUGAAUAAUAAAGUUAAUACGUAAAUUGUAAAAAAAAUAUAUAUUAUCAUGAAUUUUUUAUCAAUUUUAUUAUUAGUAAUUGGAGUUUUAUCAAUAAAUACUCAAGGAUGGGAGAUUCCAGAAAAUUUUGGAAAAACAGGACAUUCAAAUAAUUGGGCAGUACUAGUUGAUACAUCUCGUUUUUGGUUUAAUUACAGACAUGUUGCAAAUGUAUUGUCAAUUUAUCGAAGUGUAAAACGUCUUGGAAUACCAGAUUCUCAAAUAAUACUAAUGAUUGCUGAUGACAUGGCAUGUAAUCCAAGAAAUCCAAGACCAGCAACUGUAUUUAAUAAUAUUAAACAACAUAUUAAUGUUUAUGGUGAUGAUGUUGAAGUUGAUUAUAGAGGCUAUGAAGUUACUGUUGAAAAUUUUGUUAGAUUAUUAACUGGAAGACUUCCACCAGAUACACCAAGAUCAAAAAAACUUUUAACUGAUGAAGGAUCAAAUAUUCUUAUAUACUUAACUGGACAUGGUGGUAAUGGUUUUUUAAAAUUUCAAGAUUCUGAAGAAAUAACUAGUCAAGAUUUAAGUGAUGCUAUUGAACAAAUGUGGCAAAAACGUAGAUAUCAUGAAAUAUUAUUUGUUGUUGAUACUUGUCAAGCAAGUUCUAUGUAUGAAAAAUUUUAUUCACCAAAUAUUCUUGCUGUUGCUUCAAGUAAAGUUGGUGAAGAUUCACUAUCUCAUCAUGUUGAUCCAGAUAUUGGUGUUUACAUUAUUGACAGAUACACAUAUUAUGCUCUGGACUUUUUAGAAAAAGUUGAACCAUCUGGUUCUAAAAAACUCAGUGAAUUUCUUAAAGUAUGCCCAAAGCAUUACUGUCUAUCUACUGUGGGAGUACGAACAGAUUUAUUCCGUCGUGAUACCAAGACUGUUCCAGUGACUGAUUUUUUUGGCUCACUACGACCAAUUGAAUUAACAAAUACAAUUGUUAAUUUAUUACCAGUCACUAAAAAUUUAACCAAAGUCGAAGUAUCAGAGUCCAAAUUUUUUUACACACCACAAUUUCCAGAUGUAUCGUCUUAUGUGUAAACAAAUAAAUUAUAAUGUCAUAUAAAUUUA